UAUAUAUAUAUAUAUAAUUGUGAACGAUUGCGCAGGUGUACGCCGAUGGGAUAACUACGUUCUCCGUGUACAGAGCGGCGAAAUUGUUUGCCUCGAUAUCUAGCCAGCCCGUGUACUUUUACAAGUUCACGUACAAGUCGCGCUUCAGCUUUCGAAUGUGGAACGACACCGCGCCGUUUGGCGUGUCCCAUCAAGACGACCUGCAGUACCUGUUCUUCAUGAAGCAACUGUUCCCGUAUUUCGAGCCCGACGCACCGGAGAUCCCCAUGGUGGAGGUUUCUACUUCUAUGUGGGCGAGCUUCGCGCGAAACGGCGAGCCCAUUCCUAGAAACGACGACAGGUUCGAGGGCGUAACGUGGUCGCCGUUCGUGCCGUCGCGAACGAACUUCUUGGACGUCGAUCCUCGGCCAACCAUGGAGAACGUCUUCUUCCCUGAGAGAAUGCGUUUGUGGGAACGGCUGUUCCCUUUGCCAGGGACGAACACCAAGAACCGCUAACUAAGAUGUUACGAUUAUUCCCUUGCGUUUUAUUAACCGACUUCGAAAAGGCCAGGACAUCGUCUUGGUCACUAUCAAUUAUCGUACAGGAGCGUUAGGUAAAUGGAGAUU